AUGAGAACUAAAUCUUGUCUUCCAGAAAUAUCAUUUAAAGACUAUUGUUAAAAAUACUUAAAUGAUUCUUUUAUUACUAGCGAGAGAUAAACAAAAAAUAAAUUCAAAUUAGAUGAGAUGAAAAGUGUCCAACUUGGAAAAGAAAAAUAAUUAGAAUUUUAAAAUUAUAUUAAAACUGCAAUUGAUCAAACAAAAUAAGUAAGAAUUGAAGCAACAAAAGAAGCAACAAAAACAUUUGGUAAUCCUAAGCAAUGGCUUAGAGCAUAAAAAGAAUAUUUUAAAUAGCCAGAAGAAAAACAUAAAACAUACAUUGAAUGCUACUAAUUCUAAAUGCCUACUUAAAUCAACUUUAAUAAAUGGAAAUAUAAAGAGAGACUUGAACAAAUUAGAUAUCGAUCCUAUUCUGUUCGUAAAACACCGAAUAGUCAGAGAAGACAAUAUAUAUUUUGA